AUGGUGGUUGUUGCUAAUGAUCUCGCAUCAAAGACUCUCCCAAGAGUUCUCAUCGUCUCUCGUCGAACUCUACGCAAGAACAAGUACGUUGACUUCGUAGGAGAGUACCAUCUCGAUCUCAUCGUCUCACACGGCGCCGUCCCUGUCAUCGUGCCACGUGUAAGUGGAAUCCACUCUAUGCUCCAGAGCUUUGAGCCUAUCCACGGUGUCCUCCUCUGCGAGGGAGAAGAUGUUGACCCUUCUCUCUAUGCAGAGAAAGAGCUACCAGGACUUUCUCAAGAAGACAUGGAUGAGAUCAAGAGGCUGCACGCAAGUGACACAACCAUCGAUAAAGAGAAAGACAACAUCGAGCUGACUCUAGCUAAACUCUGUCUCGAAAGAAACAUUCCUUUCUUAGGCAUUUGUCGUGGCUCUCAGAUACUUAACGUUGCUUCCGGAGGAACUUUGUACCAAGACAUUGAUAAAGAAGUUGGGACUAGUUUGAAGCAUAUAGACUAUGAAAAUUAUGAUGAGCAUAGACACGUGGCGAGGCUCGUGGAGGAGACGCCGUUGCAUAAAUGGUUCGAGGAGAUGGAUCAGAUAAUGGUGAAUUCGUAUCAUCAUCAAGGUGUUAAGAGACUUGCGGAGCGGUUUGUUCCCAUGGCAUACGCUCCUGAUGGUUUGAUUGAAGGGUUUUAUGAUCCGAACCGGUAUGAUCCAGAGGAAGGUCGGUUUCUGAUGGGUCUGCAGUUUCAUCCUGAGAGGAUGAGAGGCUCUGAUGAUGAGUUUGAGUAUCGUGGAUGUGUUUCUGUUUACAAAGAGUUUGUGAGAGCUGUGACUGCUUUUCAGAAGAAGCAACUAGCUGCAACAGAGAUUGUGAUGGAGUUGAAGAAGAAGACGUUAGUUAAAAGCUUCUCAGGAGCUGAGCUUUUAGAGGCGAACAGGGUUCUAAGCAAGCAACAAGAGAAUAGGCUGAAACAGAUGGGAGCUACGGUGAGGAACUCAUGUGUGUAUAUGAAAAGGAUGAAGAGGAAAGAGGAGCAAGAGAGAGCGAUGGAUAAGUUGUCCGAGAAGCGUUUGUCUGAUCUGCUUUCGUUUCACCGUAUGAUGGCUCGUCUUUGCUCUGAUGCUAUCAAGAGGAAGCUGGUGGAACCAGCAGAUAGGACAACUGAGUCCUGAGAUCUCCUCUUUACUCAACUAUUAGCUUUUAUUGUAAACACAACAUGUUACAUAUAAA